UCGCGCAAACUGGCCGCCCCCUAAAGAUGGCGGCGGAGCUGCAUCCCCGGAGUGGAAAGCUGGUCGGCCUGUCCAACUCCAACCGCACCGCCCGGCGCAACCAGCCGGUUCAGGAGUUCAACCACGGCCUGGUGCUCAGUAAGGAGCCGCUGAGGGACCGGGACGUCUUCACUGUCCGUAUCGACAAGAAGGUGAACUCGUGGAGCGGCUCCAUCGAGAUCGGCGUGACCACGCUGGACCCCGCCCUGCUGGACUUCCCGAGCAGCGCCACGGGCCUGAAAGGCGGCUCCUGGAUCGUGUCGGGCUGCUCGGUCCUCCGCGACGGCCGCUCGGUGCUGGAGGAGUACGGCCGCGACCUGGAUCAGCUGGCCGAGGGCGACCGCGUGGGCAUCCAGCGCAGCUCCCGCGGAGAGCUCCACCUAUGGGUCAACGGCCAGGACUGCGGCGCGGCCGCCAGCGGCUUGCCCGCCAAGCUGUGGGCGGUGGUGGACCUGUACGGCAAGUGCACGCAGGUGACGGUGGUCAGCUGCGAGCCGCCGCUCGCCUCCGCCGAGCGAGAGAUCGUCCUUCGGGAGGAGGAGGAAGAGGACGAGGAAGAGGAGGACGAUGGGGUGGUCUGCCGGCUACGGGAGGAUGCGGGCAUCGCCGCGCUGAUGAAUGUGGCAGCGAUGAAUGGAGUCAUGAUAGGAGACCAAGUGCCUGAGCUUAGUUGCGGUCACAGCAGACCAGACAAGUUCCCCAACAACCUGGAGCCAGACGCAGUUCUCACCGAGCACCAGCUCUUUGACGUGUUCAACAACGCAAUCGUGUCUUUUUACCGAGCCGAGGAUGAGGGCGGAGGGGAAGAAGGCGGCGGCGGCGGCGCCGGCAGUGGCAGCACGGGCACGGGCACGGGAGGGAGCUCGGCCGCAGGAAGUGACAAUUCCUCGUCGAGGAGCGGCAACAGAGGAAGCACCUUGAGCAAUGACAGCGGGGUGGGAGCGGGGGACGCUGGGAACACUAGCAGCAGCCCCGCCGGUAACGGAGGAGGAGGAGGAGCCUCGGCGGCGGCGGCGGGCGGCUUGACCACGAACGACGCGUUGCUCUUCCACGAGAAAUGCGGCACCUUGAUCAAACUGAGCAAUAACAACAAGACAGCGGAGAGGAGGCGGCCGCUGGACGAGUUCAACAACGGCGUGGUCAUGACCAACCGCCCGUUGCGGCACAACGAGAUGUUUGAGAUCCGCAUCGAUAAACUGGUGGACAAGUGGUCGGGCUCCAUUGAGAUCGGCGUGACCACGCACAUCCCAAGCAAUCUGGAUUAUCCUGCCACCAUGACCAAUCUGCGUUCAGGCACAAUCAUGAUGAGCGGCUGCGGCAUCCUGACCAACGGCAAAGGCACGAGACGGGAGUACUGCGAGUUUAGCCUGGAUGAACUACAGGAGGGCGAUCACAUCGGACUGAUGCGCAAAGCCAGCGGGGCGCUUCACUUCUACAUCAACGGCAUCGACCAAGGUGUGGCAGCAGCGCAGACCCCCGGCGUGGUUUACGGGGUGGUGGACCUCUACGGCAUGGCCGUCAAGGUCACCAUUGUCCACAACCACAACCACAGCGAGCGCCUCCGCCGCAACAACGCCAUCAUGCGGGCCAUGUCGCCUGACGUGGGCCGGCCCAGGCCCGCCCUCAGCCCGGACGCCGACGCGGCCGAGCGCCUGCUCUUCCACGCCAACUGCGGCCAGAAAGCCGCCAUCAUCAGCGACGGCAGGACGGCGCUCAGGCCACACGCCACGGACGACUUCAAUCACGGCGUGGUGCUGAGCAGCAGGCCGCUGCGCUCCAACGAAGUCUUUCAGGUUCGGAUCGACAAGAUGGUGGACAAGUGGGCGGGCUCCAUUGAAAUCGGUGUCACCACGCACAACCCCGCCUACCUGCAGCUCCCCUCCACCAUGACCAACCUGCGCUCAGGGACAUGGAUGAUGACAGGAAACGGUGUGAUGCACAAUGGAACAACGAUUCUAGAUGAAUACGGACACAACCUCGACCGCCUCAAAGCGGGCGACACCGUCGGCGUGGUGCGCAAAGAAGACGGCAGCUUGCACUUCUUUGUCAACGGUGUGGCUCAGGGCCCGGCGGCUUGGAACGUACCCCCCAGCGUCUACGCCGUGGUGGACCUCUACGGCCAGGCCGCUCAGGCCACCAUCAUGGACGACAUGGUGGACCUCCCCCCGCUUCCCGAGGACAGCUCUGAAGGACCGGCGGCCGUGUCCCCCGGGAGCCCUUGCUCGGUUCUGGGCGCCGCCACCGACCUGCGUUUCCACCACCUGCACGGCACCAACGCCGUCAUCACCAACGGGGGGCGCACGGCCCUGCGGCAGAACUGCCGCAGCGAGUUCAACGACGCCAUCGUCAUUUCCAACAGGUGCCUUCGAGACGGAGAGCUUUUCGAAAUCAUCAUUCAGAAGAUGGUCGACCGCUGGUCGGGUUCAAUCGAAGCAGGUCGGGAGCUUGCGGGAUCUGGAAGGUUGCCCUUGGAGCUUCUCCAACACCAGACGUGUGCGUCUUUGCGUGCAGGCGUGACUGCCAUCAGGCCGGAAGAGCUUGAGUUUCCCAACACCAUGACUGACAUCGACUACGACACAUGGAUGCUCAGCGGGACGGCCAUCAUGCAGGACGGCAACACCAUGCGCAACAACUACGGCUGCGAUCUGGACUCGCUGACGUCGGGCUCGCGCAUCGGCAUGAUGCGCUCGCCGAUCGGCGACCUUCAUUAUUACAUCAACGGCGUGGACCAGGGGGUCGCCUGCUCCGGUCUGCCGCCAGAUGUGUUUGCCGUGAUCGACCUGUACGGUCAGUGCGUUCAGGUGUCCAUCACCAGCUCCUCUGGCCCUCUGGACAACAGCUUGUGCACCAGCAACAUCACCGAGAAGAGCUUCCCGAUCCACUCUCCAGCGGCAGGAGUCGCCCACAGGUUCCACGGCAAACACGGUAAGAACGUGGUGCUGCUCGGCGAGGGCUGCCAGGCCAUCCGAGCGGGGGGCUACGCCCACGGCAUCGUUUUCAGCGCCAAGGAGCUCCAAGUGGACGAGCUGUUUGAGGUGAGGAUCGACGAGAUGGACGAGCAGUGGUGCGGUUCGCUGCACGUGGGCCUGAGCACGCUGCCGCCCCCCGAGCUCCCGUCGUGCCCGCUGUCCGGCUUCUCCCCCUCCCUCCCGCAGCUCCGCGCCAAGGUCACCUGGCUGCUCUGCGGCUCCGAGGUGCGGCGCAACGGCGUGCUGCAGCGGCAGAACUACGGCUGCUCCUUGGACCGGCUGACGGUCGGCAACCGUGUGGGCGUGAAGAGAUGCGGCGACGACACCAUGCACGUCUUUAUUGACGGCGAGGACAUGGGCCCCGCCGCCACUGCCGUCGCCAAGAAUGUGUACGCAGUCUUGGACCUGUACGGGCAGAUUACGGCGGUGUCCAUCGUCAGCUCCACGCUGAUUGAAGACGCGGAAGGCGUCAAAGUGCCGUCGCUCUCCUCCGGAAGCUGCAGUGAAGGAGAGGAUGACGGCACGCCCGUCACAGAGGCGGCAAGUGAGCCGUGCGCGCCGGUGCCCACCGCCAUGGCCUUCCUGGAAAACCACGGCAAGAACAUCCAGCUGUCCAACCAGAAGCUGACGGCGGCCAGAGUGUCCAGCUACAACCAGGGCCUGCUGGUCACCGCUCAACCUCUCAACCAGCAGCAGCUCUUCCAGUUUCAGAUCGACCGCCUCAAUCCGUCGUGGACGUCGUCGCUUUCGCUGGGGGUGAUCGGUCACUCCCCGGACCGGCUCAACUUCCCUUCCACGGCGUGCUGCCUAAAACGCUCGGCGUGGCUGCUGCAGCGGGACUCCGUUUUCCACAAUUCCCUCAAAAUCUGUGAGAACUACGGUCCUAACUUGGACACGUGUCCUGAGGGGACGGUGUUGGGUCUGCUGGUGGACGCCAACAGUUGUCUCCACCUCUACGUCAACGGCAUGGACCAGGGUGUGGCGGCGCAGGACAUUCCCUCCCCUUGCUACCCUUUCAUCGACCUCUACGGCCAAUGCGAACAGGUUACCAUAGUAACAAACAACGUGCCGGCCGCCGGUGGAGAAGGUGGCGACGCCCGCUGUCAGUGCGACAUGGAAAAGGCCGACAUGGUUGACGGAAUCAAAGAGAGCGUGUGCUGGACACCCCCUCCCGAGGUCAACCCCAACAAGUCCUGCGAGUACCAGGCACUGUGCUCCCGCUUCAAGGACCUCCUCACCAUACCAGAUGGCUACUUCAGCGAAGACGCCAAGUACAACCUGUGCUACUGCGAGUCCUGCCACAAGCUGCGAGGGGACGAGGCUUAUUACAAGAGAGGCGAGCCGCCACGGGACUACGCGCUGCCUUUUGGAUGGUGCUGCUUCGCUCUCAGGAUCAAGCCGCACUGCGAGGUUUCCACGGCACUGAAGAAAUGGCACAUCGCCUACCACGGCACCAGCGUCGGGGCCCUGCGCCGCACGCUGGACCACAGCCAGCUGCUUCCCGGGACGUCAUCCAUCUUCUCGGUGGCUCCGGCCAAGGCGGAGGGGCCCGACGGCUACGGUGAUCGGGAGGAGAACAGCGCCCCCGCUAGGGAGGUGCCCCGAGUGAGACUCUCGCCCACCAUGCGCUACUCCGGUUUGGAGACGUUUGCUCCUAAAGUGCAAUUUCGGGACCCCCGCUCUCACCGCUGCCACCAGGCCCAGGUGGGCUUCCAGGUGUGCGUGCGGCCAGGCUCCUACAAGGCGGGGCCGCAGCAGACGGCGGGCCACGGCGGCGGCGAGCCCCUGGACCCGCGCUUCAGCAACUCCGAGAUCGAGUGGGUCACCAAAGAGCAGGGCGGCACGCUGCUCUACGGCCUGCUGGUGCGAGUGGAGUGAGCGUUGCCGAGACUUUUGAGAAAGUGACUAGCUAAUCCAAGCCCUGCCUUUGAGCAACAGACUCUUGUGGGAUCCACUCGAUCGGAAUGAUUGUUUUUCCAUCUUGGCGGUCGCGAAGAAGAAAGGACACUGCCUGCACUUUAUGUUUCGGCAUUUUUUUUUUUUUAACUGGACAAAAUAGCAACACGACACAUUUAUAUUUGUUGAACACCCGGCUUUACAAGUCGGCGGGGCCGUCACUAAUUUAUGACUGAAUCGUUUUUACGUGCAAAAAGAAAAAGAAAAAAAAAAGAGAAAACUUGAAUUUUAAGAGUGAGCUUUUACAACUGGCUUGUUUACACGUUGCGUUGGGAUCCCGUUUGUUGUUACGAGCCGGACCCGAUUUCUGUUUCCUCUUCGGCGGCUCUUGUUUCUCACCAUCCAGACGAAAAAAAGGCUUUGUCCGGACCGUUUUUAUGGAAUUUUAUUCUGCCAAAUAUUGGAAUUGGAAUCGACGUUUGGACUAAAAAAAAAAAAUCCUGUUGGUCUGACCUAAUAAUAUAGUUAACUAGAAUGUAAAAAAGUUUUUUUUGGGCGGGGAGAGGAAAGUUAAUUCCAUUUUUAAAAUUUCAUGCUUAAAGUUAGUGGACAGAAAACAAUGGAAAUUGCAAGUACGGGACUGAACCCAACUUGUACUCAGGUGUACUGACAGUGGCCGGAGUUCACGUCAGCCGUCGCCACCUAGUGGUGAGGUCCCUGCAGCGCACUGAUUUUUGAUGGCAGCACAAGGCAAAGAAAUUGACAUUGUAAUGGCUUGAGUAAGGUGGGCCACUUGUAAGGCAAGGUACCACUUGAGUUCAAACUAACUAGGGAAGUAGGAUUACUUUUCUAUUAGGCCAUCUUUAUGCUAUCUUGGGACAUUUCAAAAUGAGCACAGAAACAGCAAAUAGGUUAGUUUUCCGGUGAGUAACAGGCGAGGUAUAUCAACUUUUUGGGGGUUUUUAAACCUUCCAAGUGUUAAAGUCAGAAUGACUGUCAAAGCGGGCAACCCUGUUUACGAUUUAUCUUCCCACUGCAUUUUUUUUUUUUUAAUCUUCAAAAGAGUUCAAAAAUCAGAGCGUCAACAAAACGUGAACAAAAACGUUGAGAAUUGUAUUAACGAGGACUUUGAGGUUUUUUUUUUUUUUGUUUGCGUUCUCAAUCCCGGUUGAAGAUCAAAAACCUUCUUCGAGCAGCUGGGAUCCGGUGAGAUCCCAAGGGGUUGGUUGGACAAAAGGAGAAAAACACAAUCAAAAAUGUGAAAACGAUUUUAUGGGUAAUUUAUGGCCCAGUGCUGCUUUUUAAAUUGUUUUUUUUUCUUUCUUUCUGUAUGUUGCAUUGUAUAUAAAUAUCUCCCUGAUUUAUAUAAAUAUAUAUAUAUAUAUAUAUAAAAGAAAAUAAACUGACAGUAUGCACAA